AUGGAUGAGUUUUUAAGCUUGGAGUCUGAAGAAGUCGAAUGGUGGCUUUCAAGCGACGAGGUCAUAGCGAAGGUGGAAGCUAAUGUCUUUGAAAUCAUGUUGAAGUGCAUUGAACACAACAAAAGGGAACGGAAAGCAAAUUUGGAGGAAUCGUUUCGUCACGUUCGGCUGGACUUCUUAUCGCUUGACUUAAUUGAUGUCGUGACAAACGAACUUGUACAAGAAAACUUUGUUUGCUUAAAGAUGGAGUUGAAUGCAUUAAAGAAGACCACUUUCUCAGUUGAAGGAGAACAACAGCAAUCGUCGAGAAAAGGGGUCGAAACAAGCGCCAUUACAUUUCUGCAAAUUACUCCCCGGUUGUUGCCAUUAAACGAGAAAUCUACGCCGUCGAGGUUCAAACUUCUCCGGAACAAAAAAUACAAUGUGAAAAAAUACAAUGUCGAAUCUUGUCUUUGGGAGACACUUCUCUCGUCUCUUGAAGGCUGUAGAAGGGAAGCUUGUGUUUUUGCAGCCGGCAGUCAUCUCUACGUGCUCGGUGGGAGUCCUCCCUCUUCGUCACAAAACGUCGUGAAAGCUGAGAGAUUUGACACUGUGGAAAACAAAUGGGAGGAAAUCGGUGAUAUGCGAGAAGAAAGAGGCAAUGCUUUUGGAGUGGUCAUGCAUGAGAAAAUCUUUGUCGCUGGUGGAUCGCAUAGAGAGAGACCAUCAGUGUUGCAAACUCGUGAGGUGUAUUAUAUGUCAACAAAUGAGUGGCACCUGACCGAUCCUUACCGGAAGCUUGAUUGUUUCUCGUAA